AUGAACCUGAUGGACUUGAACCAAUCUUAUCGCUGUGUGAAUUUCUCCUGUCCAGAGAGAUCUUUAUCUCCUGCUGCUUAUACCUUACUGUACGUGUGUUCAGCUGCUGUGGUUCUUCUAACAGUGUGUGGAAAUCUGCUCGUCAUCAUCUCUGUUUUUCACUUCAAGCAGCUUCACACACCAACAAACACACUCGUGCUCUCUCUGGCCGUGUCGGAUUUCUUUCUUGGUGCUAUUGUAAUGCCGCCGAUGUUACUCUGGAUAAUCGAGUCAUGCUGGAUAUUUCGGAGAGAUUUCUGUACCAGUUAUUUAUCGAUUAAUGUUUUCAUCACAAUCGUGUCCAUCUAUAAUAUUGCUCUGAUUGCUGUGGAUCGAUAUUUGGCUCUCUCAAACCCCUUUCUCUACAUGAACCAUGUCUCUGUGAGGAUGAUUCUCGUUGUAAUUGUUUUUGACUGGGGUGUAGUGAUGGUCUAUAACUUGGCACUCUUAUAUUUCAAUGGAAACUUCAUGAAUGUUUUAAUGUGUCCUGGAGAGUGUUUUUACUUACUAUUGGCCAUAAAUGAGGUUUGGUCUGUAAUUGAUAUUGUAUUUUCAUUUAUCUUUCCACUUUCUGUCAUAAUCAUAUUGUAUACUCGGGUUUUUGUGAUUGCAAAGAAACAUGCCACUGCGAUCAGAGAGCUUAAUAAUCACACACAAUCUAAAACACAGAAAAUCACAUCACACUCGAUGAAAUCUGAGAGAAAAGCAGCUAAAGUCCUCGGCAUUUUAGUUUCUGUAUUUCUGGUGUGUUUACUUCCGUAUUUUAUUUACACCUUAUUCGGUGAUGUUGUUGAAGUCCAGCAAGAAACUUUUCAUACAGUCAUUUUCAUAAUUUAUCUUAAUUCCACCAUGAAUCCAUUUAUUUAUUCUCUGUUUUAUCCAUGGUUUAGGAGGUGCAUUAAAUUAAUUAUCACUCUGCAAAUAUUCCAAUCAGACUCUGCAUUAAUAAACGUACUUUCAUGA